UUCAUUCAGCCCGACUGCAAUCAACCCGGAAUACAAUACGGAGGAAGGACACAGCCCCUUUAAGCGCUGUAGUGUGCGCUCUCUCUGCUGAAUUCGCCUUGUUUGAGCAGGUUUAUGCUAAUUGAAACCCCCGCCAGGGAGCAGACGGAGCCAUUUUGUGCGAUCGUUUAACACAAACGGGGCCGAGGAGUGUUGCCGUGGGGGUAGGACGAUGUGCCGGUCGGGAGACAUUGGGAAACAGGAGAACGGGAAAACGCCGCGACUGCAUUAAGGGAGAGCUGAAGGAGCAGGAGGCAAGUUUGAUGGGGCAGCCGCCGCCGCGGUGGAGAUGGGACAGCGUUACAUUGAAGCGAGAAUGGAGGUAACUGUGCUCCACUGGACCUUGGUGACCUGCCUGCUCCUCCAUGCGCCUUUGUUGGACUGCGUUACUGUCCACCUCUCUGAGCUUUCCGAGCCGGGCACGGUGGUGGCGGGUCUGCGCGCAGGUCGGGACUGUGUGAUCUACCGGCUCUCCGCGCCGAAAUUUAUCUGGAGCUAUUUGGAAACUGACCGGACCGCGGGCACGGUGCGGCUGUCCCGGAGCCUGCAGUGCAGUGCCUUGUCCACUAACCCAUUCCCCAUUCGCCUGACUGCACGGUGUCCCGGCGGGGGCUCGGACUUCACUUCCAUCUCCAGUCGCCUGGACCUCCACGUCCACGGUUCCCACUGCUUCAGCAAGCACCGGCGGAAGGAGCGGCACAAUGUGGGCGCAGAUGUGGAGGUGGUGGUUCUCCAAAAUUCUCCCUGCCUCGCCGCCGGCCGACCGCUGUUCGCCCUCCAGGACAUGCUUCCCGCUUCCAGGCCACCCUGCGACCCCUUGCGCUGUCAGCUGGCCGGCAGCCCCUUCCUCCUGUCCCGGGACGGGCAGCUGAGGACCCGGGAGAGGAUUUGCCUGCAGGGGAAAAUGUUCAUUCGGGGCCACGUCCUCUGCCCCAAGUGUGCAACGGAAGGGGGAAGCGCCUUGGGAAAUGUCACCGUAGAACUGAGAGUGGGAGACGAAUCUUCCCCAGGGAGUCCCUUCAAGCAACUGGCCCUGGGCCGAGACCGAGAUGGCAUCAGAAGGUCGAAAAGGAACGUAAACACUAGCCCUCAGUUCCAGCCCCCGAUCUACCAGGUUUCAGUCCCGGAGAACAUGCCCUCGGGUACCAGGGUGAUCUCUGUCCGGGCGGUGGACCCCGACGAGGGGGACGCAGGACGGGUAGAGUAUUCCAUGGAUGCCCUCUUCGACAGCAGGUCCAACAGCCUGUUUGUCAUCGAGUCCGCAACUGGAGUGGUGACCACGGCGGAGAGCCUGGAUCGGGAGACCAAGGACACCCACGUGUUCCGGGUCACCGGGGUGGACCACGGCACCCCUAGGCGCACCGCCAUGGCCACGCUGACCGUCACCGUCAGCGACUGCAACGACCACGACCCGCUCUUUGAGCAGCAGGAGUACAAGGAGAGCGUGAGAGAGAACCUGGAGAUUGGCUACGAGGUGCUGACGGUGAGGGCCACCGAUGGAGAUGCCCCGCCUAACGCCAACAUCUUGUACCAGAUCCUCAACGGCCAGGGGCAGAACGCUGUGUUCGAGAUUGACCCCAGGUCUGGGGUAAUGAGGACAAGAGGGCCAGUGGACAGGGAGAUGGUGGAGUACUACCAGUUACUGGUGGAAGCCAACGAUCAAGGGAGGAACCCUGCGCCACGCAGCUCCACGGCGACGGUCCACAUAACGGUGGAAGAUGACAACGAUAACACGCCCCAGUUCAGUGAGAAGCGGUACAUUAUCCAGGUUCUGGAAGACAUUGCUCCCAACACCAAGGUCCUGCAGGUCACUGCCUCUGACCGUGACAAGGGUAACAAUGCAGUCGUCCAUUACAGCAUUAUGAGUGGCAACACCAGAGGCCAGUUUUACAUCGAGGCCCAAAGUGGCAGCAUCGAUGUGGUGAGCCAGUUGGACUAUGAGGCGAACAAGGAGUACACCCUCCGAAUCAGGGCACAAGAUGGUGGGAGGCCUCCACUGUCAAACAUCACUGGCUUAGUGACUGUGCAGGUGGUGGAUGUCAAUGAUAAUUCUCCCAUAUUUGUCAGCACCCCCUUCCAGUCCACGGUGCUGGAGAAUGUGCCGAUAGGUUACUCAGUUCUUCAUGUGCAGGCAAUCGAUGCGGACUCGGGGAACAACUCUCGUUUGGAAUACAGGUUAAUAAACAUGUCUCCAGAUUUCCCGUUCUCCAUCAACAACAACACCGGAUGGAUUGUGGUCAGUUCAGAGCUGGACAGGGAGUUGAUGGAUUUCUACAGGUUUGGCGUGGAAGCGAGGGAUCAGGGAUCACCCCCAAUGUCCUCGUCGGCCAGCAUCAGCAUCACGGUGUUGGACGUAAAUGACAACAACCCUGAAUUUACACAGAAACUAUAUCAAAUAAGACUGAAUGAAGAUGCUGCGGUGGGGUCCAGCGUGGUGACUGUAUCUGCGAUUGACAGAGAUGUCAACAGUGUAGUUACCUAUCAGAUCUCAAAUGGUAAUACCCGAAACCGCUUUUCCAUAACCAGCCAGAGCGGAGGCGGUUUGAUAACCCUAGCCUUGCCUUUGGACUACAAACUGGAGCGACAGUACAUCCUAACAGUGACAGCCAGCGAUGGGACACGGUUCGACACAGUUCAGGUGUUCAUUAAUGUAACAGAUGCCAAUACACACAGGCCAGUGUUUCAGAGUUCCCAUUACACCGUUAACAUCAAUGAAGACAAACCUGUUGGCACAACGGUUGUCAUUAUAAGUGCAACCGAUGAAGACACUGGUGAAAACGCCAGAAUUACAUACUUCAUGGAAGACAGUAUACCUCAGUUUAAAAUAGAGCCUGAUUUAGGUGCUGUUACGACUUUAAUGGAUCUUGACUAUGAAGACCAAGUUUCAUAUACUUUGGCAAUUACUGCAAAAGACAACGGAAUUCCUCAGAAGUCUGACACCACUUACCUUGAAAUUCUAGUUAACGAUGUAAAUGACAACUCCCCCCAGUUCCUGAGAGAUCAUUAUCAAGGGUCCGUUUAUGAGGAUGUUCCCACAUUCACGAGCGUCCUUCAGAUUUCUGCCACUGACCGCGAUUCUGGGUUGAACGGUCGGGUCUUUUAUACGUUCCAAGGAGGGGAUGAUGGAGAUGGGGACUUCAUCAUUGAAACCACUUCGGGUAUCGUUCGAACCCUACGCAGACUGGACAGGGAAAAUGUUCAAGUCUACAAUCUGAAAGCCUUUGCUGUGGAUAAAGGCAUACCUGCAAUGAGGACCCCGAUCGACAUCCAGAUCGUAGUCUUGGAUGUCAACGACAACCCUCCAGUUUUCGCAAAAGAUGAGUUUGAUAUCUUUGUGGAUGAAAACAGCCCAAUAGGGCUAGUCGUGUCCCGUAUCACUGCCACAGACCCAGACGAAGGUACAAAUGCUCAAAUCAUGUAUCAGAUUGUGGAGGGGAACAUUCCCGAAGUUUUUCAGCUGGAUAUCUUUUCUGGAGAGCUAACUGCUCUUAUGGAUUUGGAUUAUGAAUCUAAAUCGGAAUACAUCAUUGUUGUCCAAGCUACAUCAGCUCCGCUUGUCAGCAGAGCCACGGUUCAUGUCCGUCUUUUGGAUAAGAAUGACAAUGUGCCUGUGUUGAAAAAUUUUGAAAUUAUUUUCAAUAACUAUGUCACUAACAAAUCCAGCAGUUUUCCGACUGGGUUAAUUGGCAGAAUUCCAGCUCACGACCCAGAUGUCUCCGACAGUCUUUAUUACAAGUUUGACCACGGAAAUGAAUUAAAUCUGGUCAUUCUCAAUCCGACCACAGGGGAAUUAAGCUUGAGUCACGCUCUGGACAACAAUAGACCACUUGAAGCAACCAUGAGAGUUUCUGUGUCAGAUGGUAUUCACAGUGUUACGGCCCAGUGUACACUGCGGGUUACGAUCAUCACUGAUGAAAUGCUCAGCAACAGUAUUACGUUACGCCUGGAGAAUAUGUCCCAAGAUAAGUUCUUGUCUCCUCUUCUCUCUCUCUUUGUCGAAGGAGUGGCAACUGUUUUGGCUGCAAUGAAAGAGGAUGUCGUUAUCUUCAACAUACAAAAUGAUACAGAUGUAAAAGCCACUAUCCUGAACGUUAGUCUUUCUGUGUUGUUGCCCGGUGGAACCCACAACCAGUUUUUUGCUUCGGAAGAUCUGCAAGAGCAAAUCUACCUUAACCGAACCCUUUUGACAGCCAUCUCCACACAAACAGUGCUACCGUUCGAUGAUAAUAUUUGCCUCCGGGAACCUUGUGAGAACUACAUGAAGUGCGUGUCUGUGUUGAAAUUUGAUAGCUCUGCUCCAUUCAUCACCUCAGACACCAUCUUAUUUCGUCCCAUCCAUCCAAUAAAUGGCUUGAGAUGCAGGUGCCCUGCAGGAUUCACUGGAGACUACUGUGAAACAGAAAUUGAUCUUUGUUACUCAAAUCCUUGUGGAAACCAUGGCAUUUGUCGAAGUAGGGAAGGAGGGUUUACGUGUGAGUGCCAUGAAGACUACACAGGGAGCUACUGUGAAGUGAAUUCUCGGUCGGGCCGGUGUUCUCCGGGAAUUUGUCGGAACGGCGGGGCAUGUGUCAACCUUUUGGUCGGGGGUUUCAAAUGUGACUGCCUGCCGGGAGAGUACGAGAAGCCGUACUGCGAGAUGACCACUCGGAGCUUCCCUCGGCAGUCCUUCAUAACCUUCAAAGGGUUGCGGCAGCGUUUCCACUUCAGCAUCUCGCUCACGUUUGCCACCAAGGAGAAAAAUGCCUUGCUGCUGUACAAUGGGCGUUUCAAUGAGAAACAUGACUUUAUUGCCUUGGAGAUUAUUAAUGAACAAGUUCAGUUAACAUUUUCUGCUGGUGAGUCAACUACACUGGUAACACCCUACAUCCCUGGAGGUGUGAGUGAUGGAAUGUGGCACACGGUCCAACUGCAGUACUACAAUAAGCCGUACAUUGGGAUAUCUGGUGUUCCUCAAGGUCCUUCUGAUCAGAAGGUUGCUGUAGUUACUGUUGAUGACUGUGAUACUUCAGUUGCAUUGCGUUUUGACAGGCUUAUUGGGAACUAUUCCUGUUCUGCUCAAGGAACUCAGUCAGGAUCAAAAAAGUCCCUGGAUUUGACAGGCCCUCUACUCCUUGGUGGAGUUCCAAACCUGCCUGUAGACUUUCCACUUCAGAACCAUGAAUUUAUGGGAUGCAUGAAGAACUUAUUGAUAGAUAACCAGCAAAUUGAUAUGGCCGAUUUCAUUGCAAAUAAUGGCACAGUAUCAGGGUGUUCUGCCAAGUGGAAUUUCUGUGAUUCAAACACAUGCAAGAAUGGAGGAACUUGUGUGAACAGAUGGGAGACCUUCAGUUGUGAGUGUCCCCUGGGCUUUGGAGGAAAGAAUUGUGAGCAAGUAAUGGCAAAUCCCCAGAGGUUCCUGGGUAACAGCCUUGUUUCAUGGAGUAAUCUCGUCAGUACAAUCACUUUACCCUGGUACAUUGGAUUGAUGUUUCGUACACGCCAGGCGAAUGGGCUCUUUAUUCGAGUAGAUGCUGGCCAGUUCUCUGCCAUCAGCAUUCAGCUGAGUGAGGGCAACGUGAUGCUAAAUGUGUAUCGCUCGAGCAGCCAAGUCAUAGCUGUGACAAUGGAACAAAUAAAAGUGAAUGAUGGUGAUUGGCACCAUUUGCAGCUAGAGCUUCGAAGUUCCAAAAAUGGAAAAGAGACCAAAUACACAGUUCUCAUGUCAAUAGACUAUGGACAUCAUCAGACCACGAUGGAAAUUGGUAACGAACUGCACGGGCUGAAACUAAAAAUGAUCAGCAUUGGUGGAGUCCCAGGCAAUGAAGGCAGUAUACUUCAUGGCUUUCGAGGAUGUAUGCAGGGGGUUCGAAUCGGUGAGACGCCACUCACAGCUGUGGCCCUGAGUAUAAACCAUGCUGAGAAGGUAAACGUGGAGAGAGGUUGUAGCAUUCCCGAUCCCUGUGACUCCAGCCCAUGUCCUACAAACAGCUACUGCAGUGACGAUUGGGAUAGCUAUUCCUGUAGCUGUGACCCAGGUUAUUAUGGAGAGGAAUGUAAAGAUGUCUGUUCUCUCAACCCCUGCGAACAUCACUCCGUUUGUAGCCGUAAGCCCAGUUCUUCACAUGGCUACACUUGUGACUGCUCGGCAAAUUACUUCGGGCAGUACUGUGAAACCAAGAUUGAUCAACCUUGCCCUCGAGGAUGGUGGGGGCAUCCUAUGUGCGGACCUUGCAACUGCGAUGUAAGGAAUGGGUUCGAUGCUGACUGUAACAAAACCUCUGGGGAAUGCAGAUGCAAGGAUAACUAUUACUGGCCUCCUGGAACCAACGCCUGCCUCCCUUGUGACUGCUACUCCAUUGGUUCACUGUCUCGCUCAUGUGAUAUGGAGACGGGACAGUGCCAGUGUAAGCCUGGUGUGAUCGGGCGACAGUGUGACCGCUGCGACAAUCCUUUUGCAGAGGUUUUCACCAACGGUUGUGAAGUGAUUUAUGACAGUUGCCCACGAGCCAUGGAGUCUGGGAUCUGGUGGCCCAGAACCAAGUUUGGUUUGCCUGCUGCUGUGCCUUGUCCCAAAGGCUCAAUGGGAACAGGAAUCCGACACUGCGAUGAACACAGAGGCUGGCUCCCUCCUGAUCUUUUCAACUGUACCACCAGCACCUUUGCAGAGCUGAAAACCUUUGCUGAAAAACUGAAAAAGAAUGAAACGUUGCUGGAUGUGAGGAAGUCCAAGAAAAUUGCCCUGUUAUUAUGGAACGCUACUCAGCACACAACUGAAUAUUUUGGCAGUGAUGUGAAGAUAGCAUAUCAAGUGACCUCAAAAAUCUUGGAAUUUGAGAACUCUCAGAGGGGAUUUAACUUGGCUGCAACACAGGAUGUCCAGUUCACAGAGAACCUUAUUAAAGUUGGAAGUGCAAUACUGGAUAUAAGUAACAAAAAGCACUGGGAUAUGAUUCAGCAGACAGAUGGAGGGACUGCUCUCUUGCUUAGGCACUAUGAAGAUUAUGCAAGUGCACUGGCAAAAAACAUGAGGAAAACCUACCUCAACCCUUUCACAAUUGUCACCCCUAAUAUUGUUAUUUCAGUCGAUCGCCUUCACAAAAUUAAUUUCUCUGGAGUGAAACUUCCACGGUACGACUUUAUUCGAGGACAGAAGCCCAGAGACUUGGAAACUAUUGCCAUCCUUCCAGAAUCAAUCUUUACACCAGCGGACGUUAAAGAAAUCUCCAAACUCCCGACCUCCUCACCUGAAAAGGAAAGUACACCUUUGAACAGAAAGAAGCGACACCCUGAUCCAAAUGAGGACGAUGCCAUUGCCAGUAUAAUCAUCUACUGGUCACUGGGAGAGCUUUUACCUGCACAGUACGAUCCUGACAAAAGAAGUCUAAGGGUUCCGAAGCGGCCUGUCAUUAACAGCCCCAUCGUUAGCAUUGCUGUACAUGACAAUGAUGAAUUACUGCAGCAUCAGCUGGAGAAGCCAAUUAGGGUACAGUACAAACUCUUCCAAACUGAGGAGAGAACCAAGCCCAUUUGUGUCUUCUGGAACCAUUCCAUCCCCGUCGGUGGAACAGGAGGCUGGUCGUCCAAAGGGUGUGAAUUAGUCUUCAGGAACGAGAGCCACAUCAGUUGCCAGUGUAAUCACAUGACCAGCUUUGCCGUUCUCAUGGAUAUUUCCAGACGCGAGAAUGGUGAAAUCCUGCCCCUGAAGCUGGUCACCUACUCCACCGUGGGCGUCACACUCGGUGCCCUGCUGCUGUCCUUUCUGAUACUCCUGUUACUGAGGUCCCUUCGCUCAAACCAGCACAGCAUUAGCAAGAACAUGGUUGUGGCACUCUUCUUCUCUGAGCUCAUCUUUCUCUUUGGCAUUAACCAGGCAGAUAAUCCGUUUGUCUGCACUGUGAUUGCUAUUCUGCUCCAUUUCUUCUAUAUGUGCACCUUUGCCUGGAUGUUCUUGGAGGGGCUGCACAUUUACCGCAUGCUGAAUGAAGUCCGUGACAUCAACUAUGGCCCUAUGAGAUUCUACUACAUGAUUGGUUGGGGUGUUCCUGCCUUCAUCACAGGCUUGGCUGUCGGCCUUGAUCCUGAGGGUUACGGUAAUCCUGAUUUCUGCUGGCUCUCCAUCUAUGACACUUUGAUAUGGAGCUUUGCAGGUCCCAUAUCUGCAGCAGUCUCUAUGAACGUUUUCCUGUAUAUUCUGUCCGCCAAGGCUUCCUGCAGGCCGAGACACCAAGGUUUUGAGAAGAAGGGGAAUGUAUCUGGACUGCGUACAGCAUUUGUGGUGCUUCUGCUUGUCACGUGCACUUGGCUCUUGGCCUUGCUUUCAGUGAACAGUGACACCAUUAUUUUCCACUACCUCUUUGCUGGGUUUAACUGUCUUCAGGGUCCAUUCAUCUUCAUCUUCCGCUGUAUUCUCAACAAAGAAGUAAGGAAAGCCUUCAAGUGUGUCUUCAGUAAAAAGAGCUCAGAUGAAACUGUGGUCACAACAAAAUCAACACUGGCAUCUUCAUUGUGUAAUAACACAUACAUUGAUGGUCGUACGUAUCGGUCAGCCUUUGGUGAUUCAUCUGGGUCGGUGAGCAGUGCUUCAAGGUCAGGGAAAAGCCACAACAGCUACAUUGCGUUUGUUCUCAGGGAAGAAGCUACCUUGAAUAAUAGUAGUUCAAGUCAAGCUCAACUUGCUCUCACUGACCAUGCCACUUCAUUAUUCCAUGAGAUUAAGGCAAACCCAGAUGAACAUGAUUCAGACUCGGACAGUGACCUUUCUUUGGAAGAUGACCAAAGUGGAUCUUAUGCUUCCACUCAUUCUUCUGAUAGUGAAGAAGAUGAAGAGUAUCAGGGCGAGCCAGGCUGGGAGAACAUUAUAUCGCAAAAUAAUGAAAAACAUCCUAAUCACAGCACUCCAAAAGUGGAAAACAUAUCUUCUCAUGUUACACCUUAUUGGCCUGGGGAGUUUAUGACAACGGCCAGUGAAAGUGAGGAUCAUGGUGGAUCAGGGAACCUGAAAGUCGAAACAGUCGCAAAUAUCGAGCUUCACCGAGAGAAAUUCAACCAUGUAGAUGAAAGGCCAAAGGAGAAUGGGGACAAUCUGUACAAAGAAAAUGUAUUGACGUCAUUGCCAAACCCUAACGCACAGCCUCAGAAAGGAAUUCUGAAAAAUAGGGGGUUACCACUGUUCUCAGAGAAGAAUAGCAUCAACCGAAUACACAAUGAACUUUCAAAUCAUAAAUCAGCCACUGUCUCCUCACGUGCAUCUUCGGUGGGGUCAAGUGAAGGAAGUCGGUCAGGAGCUUUAACAAAGCUGAGGCAAACAACAGCGGAGCAUAUGAAUGGGAUGAUGCCCAUACCUAUGAGUAUCAAAACAGGCACGGUAGAUGAAGAUUCGUCGGGCUCUGAUAGCAGUGAUGAGACCUCCAUAUGACUUCACAUGUCAGCACAGGAUACGAGGAACUGCUAAAGCUGCCAGACUGUCACUUUGCUUACUUCAGAUAGCACAGAAGACUUGUACCUUGUUUGAGGUACAGACCUGCACGUAACCGAACACUUAAAUGUGAGAAGAACUGCUGUCAUGUGGAGUGUGUGUCCUUGAAGUUGAGACUGCUAGUUAUUAUCAGUGCCAAAUUAUGCCGAGACAUUGUUCUGUUUAUGCAUAGUGCUAUGGACAAAGUGGGUGUCAGAACAGGUUUAAAAAUACCAAAAAGCACCCAAACACACUUACGAGCACUCAGGACAAUUAAAAUUCUACGAAGCAAAAGCUUCAGAAUUUCACAUUCUCAUAUAAUGUGUAAAAGAAUGGAAGAAUUGAAGCUUCAGGGAAUAUGUUGUAACUACAGUUUAUAAUAAUAAGGUCUGUGUUGAAGCCUCCCCAAGACAAGCUCGAUCAUAAUUGCUUUGACUCCUUUACCUGUGCCGGUAGUGAGACAUAUGAAAAGGGAACAAAACCAUCCACUGGAGUAUGUAGCUGUGACUGUUUUCUGUUUAAGACUACAAAUUUUGAAUUGCAAGUAAAAUAUUUCAUUAUUUUGAAAUUAUGUGAACAUUUAGCGGCUUAGGAGCAUGGCAUUUUUCAUGGCAUGGCAUUAUCAAUCAGAUAUACGGGAUCAGAAAGUGUGUAUUUUUCUUACGGAAACAAUAAUUACUUUUAGAAGCUGAUGUACAGGAAAAUAGAAAUGUUGGUCAUCCUGUUCUAUGUGGCAACAACAAACUUUUUCUACAUUCCAAACGCUGAACCAGAUACAUCUGGUUUACCCAAAUGAAUAUUUUACUAAAAAAAUAAGAAUUUGAGUUUGCCUUUGGGAGAUAUAUUACUGUUGAGCAUCUGGCAGGACCCUUUAAGAAGCUCAGACGAUGAACUGAACUGAUGUACAAACACAAACCGAUAAAACUGUAACCACAUUCAGCAUAUGUGGAGGAAAAAAAUUGCCUUUAGCCACAUGGCCUUCAUGCUCCAGAUACAGUGGAGUAGUCCUCAGACCAAUGCCUAUUUUGAACAUUUUUUUUGCAAGACAUUUGUUUGUAGAUAUUUUGAUAUCAUUUUAAUUUGUCUUGAGAGAAAAUGUGUGUACAUGUUUUUCCUUUUAAAGUUGGUUAACAUAGUUCUAAAGAAAAAGUGAGUAGGAAAUCCAGGAUGUUUUAUUUAAAUAAUGCUGCUCAUUUUUUUUUCUGUUAAUAUGAUGUUUGUCCAUAUUGUAUAGUUUGAAUAUUUUGAUUGAAAGCAAAGCUUCCACUAUUUUAUCUUACAAGAAGUUGGUGAUGAUUUUUCCCACUGAUGUCUUCACCAAAUAGUUCAAAAAUGCUUUCUCAUGGUGAAUUGUACAGUGAAUUCUUUAAUGUACAUAUUGUAGGUUUUUAAAUAAAUGUAGUUAAGCGGGUGUUGCAACCUGAAAAUUUGGCAGA